UUGCCAGUCCUUCCAAAGAGCCCAGCGCUGUUGCUCGGCCUCAAGGUUAGGCCAAUGAAGUGACUCGUCCCCCGGGGCCCGACUCUCCGCAGCAGCUCGUCCCGGUGUCCACCCAGCCCUGCUGCCGGCAGCGAUGCCGAACGUGCAGCUGCCGCCCAAGGAGAACAACCUCUUCAAAUGCAUCCUGAAAUGUUAUGAACAGAAGCAAUACAAAAAUGGCCUCAAGUUUUGCAAGAUGAUUCUUUCAAACCCCAACUUUGCCGAACAUGGAGAGACUUUGGGUAUGAAAGGUUUAACAUUGAACUGUUUAGGAAAAAAAGAAGCAUAUGAAUGUAAAGGCCUUUGUAAUGAUGUCAAGAGUCAUGUCUGUUGGCAUGUAUAUGGGCUCCUGCAACGUUCUGAUAAGAAAUAUGAUGAAGCUAUUAAGUGCUACCGAAAUGCCCUCAAAUUAGAUAAAGAUAAUCUGCAAAUCUUGAGGGAUCUCCCUCUGUUGCAGAUCCAAAUGAGAGACCUUGAAGGUUACAGGGAGACAAGAUACCAGCUUCUGCAGUUGCGUCCAACACAGCAUGCUUCCUGGAUUGGAUAUGCCAUUGCAUACCAUUUGCUGAAAGAUUAUGAUAUGGCACUAAAAUUGUUGGAAGAAUUCAGACAAACUCAGCAAGUUCCUCCCAACAAAAUAGACUAUGAAUAUAGUGAGCUGAUACUGUAUCAGAAUCAAGUGAUGAGGGAGGCAGAUCUGUUUCAGGAAUCUUUGAAACAUAUAGAAACAUAUGAGAAACAAAUAUGUGAUAAACUUUCGGUGGAAGAAAUUAAGGGAGAAAUACUGUUGAAAUUGGGAAGAUUAAAAGAAGCCAGUGAAGUAUUCAAAAACUUGAUUGAUCAGAAUGCAGAAAAUUGGUAUUAUUAUGAAGGCUUGGAAAAAUCUCUACAACUUAGCACUUUAGAAGAGAGGCUUCAGAUUUAUGAAGAAAUUAGUAAGCAGCACCCCAGAGCAAUUUCACCUAGAAGAUUACCUUUGAAUCUUGUCCCAGGUGAAAAAUUUAGAGAACUAAUGGAUAAGUUUCUGAGGACAAACUUAAGUAAAGGCUGCCCACCCUUGUUUACCACUUUGAAGUCUUUAUAUUAUAAUGCAGAAAAGGUUUCUAUAAUCCAGGAAUUUGUUAGUAACUAUGAAGCCUCUCUUAAAACAUGUGACUUUUUUAGCCCUUAUGAAAUGGGGGAGAAGGAAACCCCGACAACUAUACUCUGGGUUCAGUAUUUCCUGGCACAGCACUUUGAUAAACUUGCACAAUAUUCUUUGGCUUUGGAUUAUAUUAAUGCUGCAAUUGCUAGUACUCCAACUCUAAUAGAAUUGUUUUAUAUGAAAGCGAAAAUUUACAAGCAUAUAGGUAAUCUCAAAGAAGCUGCGAAGUGGAUGGAUGAAGCACAGUCUUUGGACACAGCUGAUAGAUUCAUCAAUUCUAAAUGUGCAAAAUACAUGCUUUGGGCAAAUAUGAUAAAAGAAGCAGAGAAAAUUUGCUCCAAGUUUACAAGGGAGGGAAUAUCUGCCAUGGAAAACCUAAAUGAAAUGCAGUGUAUGUGGUUUCAGACAGAAUGCAUUUCAGUUUAUCAGCGGCUGGGGAGAUAUGGAGAUGCCUUGAAAAAGUGCUGUGAAGUAGAAAGGCAUUUUUUUGAGAUAACCGAUGAUCAAUUUGACUUCCAUAUAUACUGCAUGAGAAAGAUGACCCUUCCUGCCUAUGUUGACCUUUUGAGAUUAGAAGAUAGUCUCAGAAGACAUGCCUUUUAUUUCAAGGCUACUAGAUCAGCGAUUGAAAUAUAUUUGAAAUUAUAUGAUAAUCCUUUAACCAAUGAAAGAAAACAACAAGAAAUAAAUUCAGAAAACUUGUCAGCCAAAGAAUUGAAGAAAAUCCUUAGCAAGCAAAGAAGAGCUCAGAAAAAGGCUAAAUUAGAAGAAGAGAGAAAGCAUGCAGAAAGGGAACACCAAAAAAAAAAAAAAAAAAAAAGAGAUGAUGAAGAAGAAGAAUCCAGUGGUCUAAAGGAAGAACUUAUACCUGAAAAAUUAGAAAGGGUAGAGAAUCCAUUAGAAGAAGCCAUCAAGUUCCUUACACCUCUUAAGAACCUUGUUGCUGAUAACAUUGACACACAUCUGUUAGCGUUUGAAAUAUAUUUUAGAAAAGGAAAGUUCCUGUUAAUGCUGUAGUCUGUCAGACGAGCUUUUGCCAUCAAUAGUAAUAAUCCAUGGUUACAUGAAUGUUUAAUUAGAUUUUCUAAAUCUGUAUCUGAUCAUAGUAACCUUCCAGACAUUGUGAACAAAGUUCUAUCUCAAGAAAUGCAGAAAAUAUUUGUUAACAAGGAUUUGGAAAACUUUAAUAAGGAUUUUCUCAAACGUAACACUACCUCUCUUCAGCAUCUACUUUCAGGUGCUAAAAUGAUGUAUUUUCUAGACAAGUCAAGACAAGGGAAAGCAGUUGCUAUAGCCACUAGAUUGGAUGAAACUAUCAAAGAUAAAAAUGUAAAGACCUUAAUAAAGGUUUCUGGGGCACUUCUUGAUGGAAGCUUGGGAAACUGCAGCUCCCAAUAUGAAGAAUACAGGAUUGCAUGUCACAACUUGUUUCCUUUUACAUUUGCUUUUCUGGCUGCUGUGAUUGAAGUCCAUAGUCCUAGUGCGGCAGUGAACUGUCCAGCUAACUAUGAUGUCUUGGCAAAUAAAAUUUGAAUCUUGUAGAAAAUUGACUCCUACAUAAUCUAAACUGAAUUUACAUUAUAGUUUCUUUUCUAGACUGCGUUUUAAUAUAGGUAUGAAAUGGAAUAUUUGGGUAGAAUUUUUUAAAGGAAUAUUCUGUAAGUUUAUUUUCUUUAUCUGACUGCCAAUUUACAUAAACUUCUGUUAAAGUUACUUUUUUUAUACUUGUACAGUUUUUCUUAAACUCCCAAAUUAUCUAUCAGUACUGUAGUAUUUACUAUUAGUUGUGUAUCAUAAUGAAGGCAAUUUUUUUAUGCAGAUAAAGUUGUAUAUGUACUCCCUGUAUCAUUUUUUUUUUUUUAGAUCCCGGUUUCAGGAUCUGUUUUGAUCCUUUACUGAUAUUUUAUUAUUAUUAUUUCCUUGCUUAUCUUUUUCCCUUUUUUUUGUUCUUGUUUUAAAGUAUUAACAUAUUUUAAAAAGUAGAAUUCCUCUUGGAAGACAGUGAGGUUUAUUUUAAACUUUAAUUUGCUUUUUUAUAACUUUGAUUUUUUUUUUUAAUCACUUACCAUUUCCUUUGUACUAUCCAUAAAAAGUGAUACUUUCUGUAUGGAUAAAGCAUAUUCUGUUUUUCUGUAGACCAUUCAGGAUGUGAAGAUUGGUUUGCCUCUUAAUCAUGAAAGUUCACUGGUAAUUUUGUUUCAUAUCUUAUAGUAGGUAGACUUACAACCCACAUGGAAGAAUUAUGCCUUCUUACCUUAAUUGCUUUGAGUGUUAACAAGUACUUUAUGCUAAGAAACAUGCUUUAAGGGUGCAUAAUAGGGCAGAAAACAAAAAUGAAGCACUGUUACUCUUACAGCCAUGCAUUAGCUAUUAAAUGCAUUUUUAUAUGGUCAAAAACUGAAAUCCUUCACAGUAAAAUCAGGAACAAGACAAGGUUGUCCGCUACCACCACUCUUGUUCAAUAUUGUUCUGGAAACAU